AUGCCGCCACCACUUCCUCGUAAUCCCCACGAAGCCAUCCCCAACCCACGCAACGAGUAUCCUCGCCCCCCAACUCCUCGCCCCUCUCGCGCCCGAGGACUUGGUGACGGGGUUGCUGCGGAUACUGUGGUACAUCAGCCGCUCUUCUAUACAGAUGGCGAAGAUGAUGAGCAGCGCGACGGGUCUCUCGAUGAUCAUCGGGAAGUUGAUGGUGCUGAUGCUGCAGUACUCCCGCGAGGACAAACUCGCGGAGCACCUGCUCAGACGACUUCUGCGACAACACGACUCACAAAGACACGCAAGCUGACUGGCAGCGCCGGCUCUCGUGGCCGUAUCGGCCUCUCCCAAUUCGGUCCAGUAUUGCGCUCGGUGAUAUCAUUGGCUCAGUACAUAUACCGUUGCAAGAUCAUGACAGAGUGGCCGUACCCGAAUGACGUGGAGGAGCAAGGUAUGGCUAUGGAGGCGUGGACGGCGGCUUGCAAGGCGAAAAACUUGCACGUCGAGUUUGAUGAGGAUGCGCUGAAGCUGAUCACGACGCGUGCAAGCCAAGUCCGUGGCGAGCUCAAGACAAAGGCUCGCCCCUUGGCUGCGUAUGAGUACAACCUGCGCGAAGGCAAAGGGCAGGACGGGGUGCGCGCGUUGCGCGACAAAGUCGAGGCUCUUCUCGACGGGUCCACAUUCGUAUUCAAGGAUCCCGUUGGACGCACCGGUCUCUAUCAACAUCCGAUUAUUCAGGCUCUGAUCAAUGAAAUGUGGUUCGCAAACAAGAAAGACGAAGGUAUUGUACACUCGGAGUUCUUCAGCCCCCGUAUACCUCUCGUUACCAUCGCUAUGGUCCUUACAGCGAUACAAUGUUCGCUGGAGGAAUGGCAGACUGGCCAGAAGACGGAUAUUCCAUUCACAGAGACAGCAUAUUCGUCGCACUUCGAGAAUCAUUUGCGAGCGCUGGAACAGUUCCAUCAGAAGACUAAAGACCUCAAGAUCAUGCCACAGAUACAGAUGAAGUUACGGCGAAAGGCUCGCGCGUAUGCAAAAGCUGAUGAUGAGGAACAGUCGGGAUCGCGCGAGAUCUUCGAGGAUGCCGAUGUGGAGGCUGCGCGACGGGAAUUUGAGGAGGGUGGGGUUUCCGAUGAUGAGUAG